AUGCGCGACAAGCAUCGCCAUGCAAGCACUGCUCGCGACAAGGGCAACGCGGCGUUCAAGAAAGGCAACUACACCCUCGCCCUUAUGUUCUACACCACGUCCAUUUCAGCACAUCCCGAAGACUACAGAGCCUGGUCCAACCGGUCAAUCACCCACAUCCAGAUGAAAAGUUGGCGCGAGGCCGAGUUUGACGCCACCACGGCAAUCGCUCUCAACCAAACAACCAAGGCACUCUACUACCGUGCUCAAGCUCGCGAGGGCCUCGGUCGCUAUGACGCCGCUCUGCGCGACCUGGACCGCAUCUUGCAAGUGGACGCCAACCACGCUCUUGCCUCAAACAUGCGCGGACACGUCCAAGACGCACAGCUUCGCCACGCCAGCCAGGAGGAGGACAGCGGCUGCGUUGAAACACGACGCGUCAACGGCCGCCGCGGGCUCCUCAACUACUCAUUUGUUCCCACAUCGUCGAGGCCAUCGCCCGCUUCUCGGACCCCGCAACAAGGCUCGUUCUCUCGUGGACCUGCCAAGCCCUACGCGUUCUCAUCCGCAACCCUAGGGUCCAGGUGGAGAUCACCGCAGGCCGCCACCCCAUCAAUCUACCAGCGGCAAACUACCACGGGUACGACGACUGGCGGGUUCCCCCUCAAAUCCCAGCGGUACGCCGCGAACGCAAUGCCGUCACCAUCAGCCACCCAAUCUUCCAUUCGUUGGACAUUCGUGGACCAUUAUCUGUCAGUCUUCUCACGACCCCCCUUUGCCAACGCCGAGGUUAUACGCCUCCGGUCCUCGCCAGACGGAAUUGACUUUCGCGACAAGCUGGAUCUCACUGGCUAUUCUGCUCGCCAAGUCAUCAUAUUUCCUCCUGGUGGCCAGUAUUGUUCGCUAGAAGACGUUCCAAGGUUCCCCGUUGAUUUCCCACGCACGGUCAAGCGAAUCGUCUACCCCUUGGCAGUGGAUAUCAAGAAAAGACUGUUCCUGACCUCCUUAUUGCCAUCGAGAGGCAUCUUCCUGGACCCAACUUGGGUUGGACCCACUGGUCGUGAGCUCGUGUUGAUCUGCCCGCCAUCCAGCAAGGACACUCGUGAAUCAGACGACUUCGGUUACAUGGCCGAAAGCCUCAUAUGCGCGAUGGUGUCGGGCCUGCUUUGGGGAGCCAACAUCAAGAUUGUCGAUCUGGCAGUCUUGAUCCCCGAUGAUUCCGACCUUCAACCGGUGAAGAAGGCUCUUGAGGCUCGAGCUGCCGGGCUGGUUGAUUCGGCCAACGCCAAUCACCUCGCGUCCCACCCUUUCCCUUACAUACAUCCCUCUGGAGAACUCCACAUUGCUCCUCCAGAUGGUCAAGAAGCAAUGCGCAGGAUUGAGUACGUUACUCGAGAGGAGUAUCGCGCGGGACUGAAGCCUGGACAGUGGGAGCUGGAAACGGUGCAGGUCAUGCCUGGUUUCGAGUAG